CCGCCGCGCGAGUGUGACCUGUUUGUGUCCUCCAACAGUCGAGGUUUGACAAGCCGGUCGUCUAAGGACACGAACAGCAAAAUCAUGGUUUUCGAGGAGAAGAUGAUCAUGAACGGAGAGCCCGAGGAUGAGGAGGAGGAAGAAGAGGAAGAGGAAGACAUGGUGGAUCCUCUUGAAGCGAUGCGACAGAAGUGUGAAGAGGCGGAGCACUGCGUUCACACUCGAGAGCGUCUGGAGCAGUGUGAGACCAGAGUUGGCUCUCGGUCUUCGACGACAGAGGAUUGUACUGAGGAGCUGUUUGACUUCCUGCAUGCUCGGGACCACUGUGUGGCACACAAACUGUUCCAUUCAGUCAAAUGAAGUGUUCCCUGAUCGUUGCACCACUGGCUGAUGACAUUCUUCAACUGUUGUACUAUGAGGAGAGCAUGGUUUUAAAUACAUCCAUAUGUGGAUCUGCUGUAUAAUGUAACUUAAAUGUAUACUAUAUUGUAUCUGCUCAUGUCAAGAAAACAGAAGUAUUUAACAAGGUACUCUUGAGUCGACAUUUCAUUAAAGUGGGUGGCUUGAAAA